CAUAGAAAUGUCAGUCGGUAAUCAAUGACAUUAACGAAUAUUGAUUUAGAUUUGGUCAACAAGUGUUUACUUUUCAUUGCGAUAAUCGUUGAUACACGUUUUUGUAUUGUCCAGUUACAAAAUGAACAUUUUAUCUGUCAAUGAAAUGUGAACACGAAGUUAUUUAUUAUCUAAACAUUGUUGGUUAUAAACGCGCAUAAUGGAGAACGAUAUGAAAGAAGGUUUCGCUCGAAUAAAGCCAGUUUGCGACAGUCUCAUGGUGUGUCCGACACCGGAUAACAUCAACUGCUUUCUGGUAGAGGUGAUGGAUCUGAAAAAAGAGGUCGUGCAGGAGCUUCAGCAAUAUUUAUUAUUCCCUUUCCUCACUCACAUUACCGCGUCAAUGACCUCUGCUAAUGUUAAUAAAUCUGAGAUGCAAAGAAUCCUAGUGGAUGGCAUGAAGUCAGUUGUAGGGAUGGUGAGAAUCAACAGUUUUGAACUGUGCAUGAAGAUAGAAUUUGCUCUCCUGCAGAUUGUCUUUGAUAAGACAAAGCCUGGGAUGCUUGCAGAUGGCUCUGAAGAGUUAAAGCUGAGUAUAAUGGAGUGCCUCACAGUGACGCUGCUGAACAGUGAAGUGAAACACCGAGAGAUGCUGGUCAGGACUCAAGUGCCACUGUUGGCGCAGGCUGUGUUUAUAUCCGUGCAUAUAGCCAAACUUUACAAGUCUAGGGCUUUGAGGUUGGCAGCAAUAAACUGCUUGCUAGCCCACACAGGAAUGCAUCCGCUGAUGACGUACAACUAUCGCAUAACCAACCCGUCGUUAGAGAAGGUGAUGGUGGACAUGCUGGCCAGCAUCCUGCCGGGCGUGCUCUCCAGCUUGCAGGACAUCGCCGUUAGCCACGACAACCCGGGACAUGGUAUUGUUGUGGCGGCGCUGGACGCGACGCACCGCAUCCUGUGCGCGACGAUGGCGGACCGGCUCGCGGCGGCGCCCGCCACGCCCACCGCGCGGGACUUCGCCGCGCUCGUGCUGAGCCCCAAGAGUAACACAGAAGUAAGCAAUCAAAAGCUGCGAGACAUAAUGAAGCGUAGUCCAGAGUGGUACACAAUGGCCGCUGAGAAGCUCAGUCUUGUCACGAAGAGUCUAGGCACGUUGCGCACUCACGAGCACUUCAAAGUGAGGAGAGAACUCGCCAUCAUGUGCUCCAGGAUAUUGAAUGAGUGUAACAUGUCAAUGCAGCCAUCAAUGACAGUUGUCCUGGAAGUGUUGAUAGCAUUGUCAAAAGACGAAUAUCCUGAAGUGUCCAAAUACUGUAAAAACGCAGUGGACAAGUACUUUGACAACCCUGAUUUAGAUGAGUCUAAGAAGAACAAGAUGAUGGACAACCUUUGUGAUAACUUCUUCACCACACUGGAGUACCUGCCCAGUGUGCUUAAUAAUAUAAACUCAAGCCGCAAGCUGUCGGCUCUGAGCCUGGUGCACGGGUACGUGUCGCUGCUGAAGGGCAGCGCGCACGGCCAGCGCGCGUGGGAGACGCUCGGCGCCGGCGCCGCGCUGCAGCUGUGCGCCGCGCUGCUCGAGGCCGCGCGACUCGACCGCAGCCUCACGCUGCUCACCACGCGGCCUGCCGGUGUAACGUCAGUGCCCCCCACGUCGAGUCCGUGGUGCAAGUUCCGGCACGUGGAGGAGGCGCGGUGCGCAGGCGUGGUGCGCGCCACGUGCUCGCUGCUGGGCGGCGCGCCGUGCGCCGCGCUGCUGCUGGACCGCCUGCUGCACGAGCUGCAGCACCAGCGCGAGCCAGAGGCCGCCUUCGUCAUCAACCUCAUGGCCUCAGCUCCCGACUCAUCACCAGACCUGAUCAAACGAGUUCUUGAUGCUUACCUCGAGGAGGAUAUGUGGUACCUCCCGUUAGAGGUGAAUACCUCCGACCCGCCACUCACGGAGGAAGACACGCUGGACGUCAAUGUGUACAACCCUAGGUCUUGGAUCAAGGAUAGCGUACCUGGUUUAUUCGAGGGUGCGACAGAAGUACGCUACACAGACAUAGGCUACCAGAAGCCCCGCCCGGCGCCGACGCGACAACCCGGCGCGUGCGCAACGCUCGCCGAAGCGCAGAGGAACAUGACUCUCGCCUGCAUCCUCACUGAGGGCGUGGGCAUGCUGGCGCGACGACUCGGCCACGACUUUCAUCCGUACAUGAUGAGGACCAUCUGUCUCAUGUUGGAGAGGGUCGGCAGUCCGUACGAGAUGCUGCACCUGGCGGGUCUGAAGGCGCUGAACGACUACGCGAUCGGAUGCGGACACGCCGACGUCAAACAACUCAUCGGAGAAAAUGCGGACUACUGCACGCACCAAGUCACCGUCAAACUAAAAAAAGCGUGGAACUGCGAGUCGGCGCUGCAGAUACUGUCCGUGGUGAUGGAGUACAGCGACCCCAGCAUACAGGACUACCUGUACGGGAUCGUGCAAGAUGUUCUAGUCCAAAGCUGUGAUAAAUAUUACGAAAAGAAUCUGAAUUCAUACCUCCAAGUAUUCCUGACUUUCAUUGAAUGUAUACGAAAAUGGUACCACAUAGAAACGCCGCGAGAAGAUAAACCUAGCCCGGAAGAGAGAAUAGACUUGCUAAGAGACGUAGUGGAGUAUGAGAAGGCGGUAGAAGAGGAAAAGAGAUUGUUAAAUGAGAUCGCUGAAGAGAGUUCAAGUAAGAGUCCAGAGGAGUUGUACAAAGAAGAUUUAAGGAGUAGAGAAGAGAAUGCGCUGGAUUAUGAUGAUACUGUUACAAAGGAAAAGCCACCACUGCCGCAACACGUGGCGGUCACAAUAGCAAUACUCAAACGGUGCCUGCACUUCGUGUCGUCGUCGAGCAGAGACAACACGCUCCUGUCGCUGCAGGUGCUGGAGCGCGCGCUGGCCGUGCUGGCGCCGCACGAGGACCACCUGCUGCCCCUCGUGCACCAGCUGUGGGCGCCGCUCGUCACCAGGUUUGAACUCAGUGAGCCGCCUGUAUUGAAGAAAGCGUUGCAGUUACUGGUCACGAUGGCAGCAUUGUCCAAAGACUUCAUACACGCGCGGACUGUCAAAGAAGUCCUCCCCCACAUGUACAAGUACUUGCACAAGUCUUCGAAAGACAGUCGACUAAAGGACGCGGGCUCUUGGUACCGCACCACUGCGGCGUACAGCCUGCAAGUCGCCGCGCUGGAGACGCUGCCGCGCCUCGCCGUCGACCUAGCGCUGCAGGAUGACACGCUGGAAGAUGCUAUGCUGUGCGUGGAUGUGUAUUUGUCUGAUAAACAGCCGAAGCCUUUGCAAGCGUUGGCUGUCAAAUUCUUCACGGAACUCCUCGACUACGAUUAUAGUGCUGUUUGGCAUCAUCUGAGAAAAUUGUGUGAUAACAAAGAAGUUCUAAAAGCACCGUCAGUCAAGCAUUUGAAGCUACAAGAUAUUGUAGGCACUCCCUACACUCCAACCAAUGAAGAAUAUAGCAGGAACAUCAAAAAAAUAUUUGAUAAAAUGUCGAAUUAAUAAACAACACUAAUGACAGACCUUUGAAACGCGAAAGUGAAAUGAACUUUAAUUAUACAUAAUGCCAUGUAGUUACUUUGCGGUGCAACAAUGACGCUCAACAUUCUUGCAGGACAUCUUGUCAGUGCGCAAGGCUAAGAUAUUUUUUCGUUAUCGACAACGUUCCUAAAAAAUCCUCAGUUUUAUCGACAUAUGGCAAAUUAUAAUUAAAUUUAUGUUAUUAUGUUGUCGAAUAGUUUUAGGACUAAGAUAUCGUUAAUCACUCGGAAAAUUAACAACGCACUAAAUAAUAAAAAUAAUAUUUUACUUUUUAUCUUUGACCGAUUUUUUUAAUCAUAUAAACUAACUGACUGAAUUACCGACUGGAAAACCACCCCUUAGUUUAGUACUAAGUUGACAGUCUACAUAAUCUCAUUGGUCAAUUGACUGAUAUGAUAAUGACCAAAGACAAUGAAAUUUGCUAUGUUUAUUCUUUACAUAUAUAAGUUCGUAUCACAAAAUAGUAUAUUAAUACUUGUUACAAUAAUUCAUGCAUUAAACAUUUUUUACACUAUAAGGUGUUGGAUGGUGUUUCUACUGUUUAUGGGCGGUCGUAUCGCUUACCUUCAGGCGAACAGGAAGCUCGUCUCGGCAUUGAAAGCAAAAAAAAAAUGUCUUCCUCAACCUGCCUCGAUCUUAUACUAAGAAAAUGACUUUUAUGUAACUGGUAUGAGUUGAUCGGAUCCUCAGAAUAAUUAGUUUAUUUAUUUCGGCAGUAAUAUUUUAACUAUGGCCUUGUAAACAGUAAUUUUUAUACUCAUUAUACCAUUUAUCGACGUGACACCGAUAAAACGCGACCAAAUGACCUUAUAUGUGGGACAAAAUGACCGUAUAUGUGGGACAAAAUGACGAUAUACGCGGGACAAAAUAACCAGAUAUGUGGGACAAAAUGACCAUAUAUGUGGGACAGAAUGACCAUAUAUGUGGGACAAAAUGACCAUACAUGUGGGAUAAAAUGACAAAUGUACGGUCACCCUCCGUUUAAGCGGAUGAAGAGAAAAUGUAUUUAUUAUAAAGUAAUGAAUAAGAUCGUCUUCCUCUCAAUGAUACAUUAAUUUAAGGCCGGCUAUAAUCGAAGAUCACACAUAAAUGCAUAUAUUUUGUAUGAAAAACUAGUUCUUUCCAGUUUGAUACAUUUGCAAUGUGGAAUGUUAAACUAAAGACCGCGCACAAUUAACAGCCGUUUUUACUAAGCGAUCCCAAUAUUUCCCAUCCGUCGCGAAAAUGGAUCAAUUCGAAUCGGUUAGAUCGUAUUGCAGUAAGGACCUGAAUGAGGGUUCUUAUUGUUUUUACAAUGUUGUGCUGUUUUAUGUGCAUUUUUAUAUUUGUAAUUUGUUUGUCCCAGCAUUAAAAUAUGUUUGUUGCAAAAAAGUUUUUUUUUUUUAUAUUUACAAAUUACUUUCAUUCGUUUAUUCUCAGAUUGGAUCGAAUAUUAUAUUGUGUACGUUUAUUAAAAAUGGCCGUAAGUUAAUCCUUAAAGUAACGAGACGUCUAAUUCUGCGCAGCCUAUUAGUAGUGCUAUUAUGUUAUAAGUACUAAGUUGUGUAAUAAGAUUUGUACUUUUAAUUUUAAUGUCCUCAGAGACGUGGUGUAUAAAUAGAAUUAUACAAAACUA